AUGGCUUCUAAGGAAGUAACUUUGGGUGAUAUUGACAAAAUUGCAUAUAAUAUAUCUCAGUGUAAGUUGAAAGCGGCGAAAGCAUUGCAUUUGGUGGCGUACGACAAUGAAGGGUUACCGAGACGAGUCAGAGCCGGUUCAAGGAGUUUUACAGGUUUCGAUUUUUCUAUGAAUUCGCCGGAAUAUUUAUUGAAAUUAAAUCAAGUUCUAAGCAAGCUCAAUUUAGGCGAUUUAAUUUCUGUGUGCCAUAUCCUUGAUCUAGAUUAUUGCGGAUCCGAAAAUGAGAUUACGGACCGUAUUUGCACAUUUUUGAUAAAUUUUGAAAAUGAUGACGCAAUAGAAGAAGACGAAGAAGACGAAGGAGACGAAGAAGACGAAGAAGGCGAAGAAGACGAAGAAGACGAAGAAGACGAAGAAGACGAAGAAGACGAAGAAGACGAAAGACGAAGAAGACGAAGAAGACGAAGAAGACGAAGAAGACGAAGAAGACGAAGAAGACGAAGAAGACGAAGAAGACGAAGAAGACGAAGAAGACGAAGAAGACGAGAAACGAAGAAGACGAAGAAGACGAAGAAGACGAAGAAGACGAAGAAGACGAAGAAGACGAAGAAGACGAAGAAGAAGAAAAACGAAGAAGACGAAGAAGACGAAGAAGACGAAAAAGACGAAGAAGACGAAAGACAGUAUGUCAGUACAAACGGAAGACGAUACGUGCCGAAAGACGAAAGACGUUAUCAUGCUCCACAGGAUCAAAGACGACAUGGUGAAGAAAACAUUAGACGCCAGGAGGAUAGAAGACGAUGUAGCUCAGAAGACGACGACAGCCAUGAUGACGUGCGAAGUGUUGCAAGUAUAAACCGAAAUAUCCAUCCUAGCUUCUCACUCACAUUCAAGGACGUCGAAGACAGUAUCAGACCUUUUGAUGGAAAAUCAGAAUAUCCUGUGAGGAAAUGGAUAUCCGAUUUUGAGGAGAUGUCUGAAUUAAUGGGCUGGAACGACUUACAAAAAUUAGUUUUUGCAAAGAAGUCAUUGCGAGGUCUUGCCAAGGUGUAUAUCCAAUCUGAGACAGGUAUACAAAGAUGGACAACGCUCAAAGGAAACUAA